UCUUGUUUCACAAGUUUCUUCUUUGUCAACGUCAACCAAUCACGAUGGGUGUCGUGUCCAAGUGCAACGACUGCGAGUCGCGAGGUCUGAAAGCUGUCACUGCCAAUAGUUAACCGGCCAGGGAGAAACAAGCGCAUGCAACGCCGAAUAUUCAGCAGAAUGAGACGUCACAGUCUCCUCCUUUUCCUUUCCUUGUGUCUUCUCCUUUGUGCCCACUGUCAUGGGGACGCUCAGCACCAGAGAGAGCCCCCCGUUGUCGAGAGUGCAGCUCACAUAUCGAUGCAUGGUCACGGCCGCCUCGAUAAAAACAUGGUCCAGGAUAAAGACCAUAUCAUGGAGCAUCUCGAGGGUGUGAUUGACAAACCAGAGAAAGAGAUGUCACCUCAGGAGCUUCAGCUUCACUAUUUUAAGAUGCACGAUUACGAUGGCAACAACCUUUUAGACGGACUGGAGUUAGCAACGGCGAUCACUCAUGUCCACAGAGAGGAGCGAGGCGAGGACAGCCAGCCGAUACAAGAAGACGAUCUAAUAAAGCUCAUCGACGACGUUCUGAGGGAUGAUGAUAAGAACAACGACGGUUACAUCGACUACGCAGAGUUUGCUAAAUCACUGGAAUGAUGCAUCACCUCGUUUAAUACUCGCGUCACUUCUUUGUCACGCUGUAAGGAAGCUGUGGAGAACAUCAUGGCCCCCUGUAAGAGCACCAUUCUUUCUUGCAAAUCAGCCAAUUUAAAACCGCUAAAUGGGAAACGUACCUGUGUUUGGGUUAAACCUUGCAAGCAAAAUUUCCCUCUCGUAGUUUCCUAUAGUUAGUGCCUAUGUAAAGGCUGCUUCACGCAAAUAAAAUGCCCCCCCCAAAGUCCCUUUGGUGUAUCUGGCCAAGGUUGCACUCUGAAGGGAUAAAUCCAAAAACCAAAAGGAUGCGGUACAAUACUAGUGCAUAAAAAACGUUAGGGGGAAACUUUGCUUAUUCCUGAAAUUUGUAUCUUGAUAUGAUGAUCAAAGUAGAAAUGUAGACAUAGGAGCCAAUGGCUGUCAUGCUUGCUGUGUUCAUGCGUCCAGCGGAUACGUGAUAGGAAAAGUGAAUGUAAACACAGUGCCUGUGCAAUGCUGCCUCGAUCACUGGAUGAGAUUGAUUUGCUGCUGUUUAUUAAAUCAUAAAGCUAAAACUCGACAUAUUAGCUGCCUCGAGAUGAAAACAUCUGUCAAAAUCGAUCUGUUUUUUUUUUGAUAAUGUACAGUUUAUGAAUUCUAGAAAUAUAUAUUUUCCCAUCUUGUAUUGAUUCUUUUGGCUGUUGUGUACUACAAAUAUUGACUAAUAUGAGCAUAAUAAGGAUGUUUUUCACUGGAAUGUAAAUAUUAAAAUCUGUUAACAGAA